AUGAAUAACAGCGCCGGUGGUGGCCCGGUACCACGCGACUGUUUCCCGCCCCGCGUCGCCGGCUUCCGAGGGCGAAGCGCAACGGGGAGCGGGUCGCUCGCCCACCUCACGUGUCGGGGUAGCGGGCAGGUGGGGCAUGUGGCGAGAUGGCGCGAUAAAGGGAAUUAUUCAUACGCGCGUUAUCGCUCCGCCAUCGCUGCUGUUGUAGCGGAGGGUAGUCGCCGGCCGUGGACGCCGCCCGGGCGCCGUGUGCACUCAGCC